GGGAGGGGUUGAGAGGCAAGAAGCGCCGGGGUUUGUACCUUGGCUCAUUUCCACCCUUUUGUCCACUGGAAUAGAGAGUUCCAUCAUGGUGCGCACAGUAGCAGUGAUCGGGGCGGGUCCCUCAGGUCUGACCAGCAUCAAGAGCUGUCUGGAUGAGGGUCUGGAGCCCACCUGCUUCGAGAGCAGUGAAGACAUCGGGGGACUGUGGAGGUUCAAGGAGCGUCCAGACCCAGGAAGGGCCAACAUCUACGAGUCUGUCAUCAUCAACAGCUCCAAGGAGAUGAUGUCAUACAGCGAUUUCCCUCCUCCUGCUCACCUGCCCAACAACAUGCACCACUCCCAGCUGCUGAGCUACCUACGACUUUAUGCUCAGACCUUUGACCUCUUCAAGCACAUCUACUUCCAGACCACUGUGGUGAGUGUGCGUCAGAGGCCAGACUUCCCAGUGUCAGGCCAGUGGGAGGUGGAGACAGAGAGGAGAGAAGGUCAGAAGGAGACUCAGGUCUUUGAUGCUGUGAUGGUCUGCACCGGUCACUUUACACAACCACACUUGCCUCUCAUUGACUUCCCAGGUAUAGAGGAGUUUGAGGGCAGGUACUUUCAUAGUUGGGAAUACCGCAGUGCUGAGGGGUUGCAGGGGAAGAAGGUGGUGGUAGUUGGGAUUGGGAAUUCUGGAGGUGACAUCGCUGUGGAUGCAAGCAGAGUAGCAGAGCAGGUGUACCUCAGCACGCGGAAAGGGGCGUGGGUGGUCAGCAGGGUGGGGGCGGGGGGACUGCCAGGUGACCUGGUGGGCACUUCAAGAUUGAACAGGCUAGUGCAGAAGCUCUUCCCCUCCUGGAUUACCAGGAUGAUGGAGAAUAAACUGAACAGAACCUUCGACCACAGACUGUACGGCCUACAGCCAAAACACAGGUUCUUUGCCCAGAUCCCGGUGGUGAAUGAUGAUCUACCUGGCCGAAUCAUCUCUGGUCGUGUUCUGGUCAAACCUAACAUCAGGGAGAUCAAAGGCUCCAGUGUGGUGUUUGAGGACGGGAGCGUCGUGGAAAAGGUGGAUGUUGUGGUGUUUGCCACCGGUUACAACUAUGACUUUCCUUUCCUGCCUUCGGGUCUGCUGGCUAAUGGUGGUCACCGCCUGUGUCUGUACCGUCAUGUGUUCCCCCCGGGGCUGGCUCGGCCCAGUCUGGCUGUAGUGGGCUUCAUCUGUAACCUGGGAGCCAUCAACCCUCUGGCUGAGAUGCAGGCCCGCUGGGCCACCCAGGUCUUUAAAGGGUUACUAGCACUGCCCUCAGAAGAAGCCAUGCUUCAGGACGUAAAGAGAGACAUCAGCACCUUGCAAAACAGGUUUGCCUGUUUGGAGCGUCACCCUCUCCAGGUGGACCAUAUCCCCUACAUGGACUCCAUGGCAGAGGAGUUGGGGGUUCGUCCUAAUCUCCUAGGGCUGCUGUUGAUGGAGCCUGGUGUGGGGCUGUGUGUGCUGCUGGGGCCCUGCACCCCGUACCAGUACCGUCUGAGAGGGCCAGGACAGUGGGACGGAGCCCGACAGGCCAUCCUCACCCAGUGGGAGCGUGUAGCCCAGCCCUUCAGGACCAGGAUGUCCCCACAACCAGAGAGCAGAACCAGAGCCUCCUCUAGUCUGAUACUGAUACUGACUCUGUCUGGCACUGUUCUCCUACUAACAACCUUCUAUACCAGACACAGUGUCUCAUCACUCCCCACAGGCCUCCUCUAUAAGAUGUACAGUCUACCUGAGAUUAUAUGGGGGUGGAAAUGAACACUAUGGGCCUAUUCCAUCCACUGUUGGCCACCAUCGCCUGCACAGCUGAUCUUAAUUGCUUCCAAAAUGUACUGUUCUCUAAAAGCCGAGCUACAUGUGACGUCAGUGUAAUUUAGCCUCGCUUUAUCCAAACAUUUUCCAAGACAUGUUCGCACUCUACAGGCUAUUUAUUAUCUUCGGUAGAAAUAAAACCUAGUAACCGAGCAGACUAAGGGGUGAUUGAACUAUUUCACAAUCAUUCAGUGCAACUAAAAUAAAGCAAUUUUUGUUUAAGACAGAAAUGAUACUGUGGCAAUAUCAGGGUCCUGGGGCCCCCCUGUGUGCAUGUUUUAUUUUUUGUCCUAGCACUACACAGCUGAUUCAAAUAAUCAAAGCUUGAUGAUGAGUUGGUUAUUUGAAUCAGCUGUGUAGCGCUAGGGAAAAAACAAAAUGUGCACCCAGGACCAAGUUUGGGAAACCCUGGUUUAUAUGACUAAAAAAUGCUGGUGCACUCAUUACUUUUUAAUUUCCAAAUUAUGUAGUCCGUUAAUUACAACUUGUCUUAUUAACUAUGGUUAUUUCUGAUCAGGAGGGCAAAACAAAAAAUCCCUGAACUGUCCAUAUCGAAAUUGUGUAACUAAAUCAAGCCAAUCAUGACUGAUUUCAUGUAAUCUAUGUUUUUAUAAAAUUCAAGGUAUACAGUGCCUUCGGAAAGUUUUUAGACCCCUUGACUUUUUCCACGUUUUGUUACGUUACAGCCUUAUUCUAAAAUGGAUAAUGACAAAGCGAAAAAAGUUUUUUUGAAUUUUUCACAAAUGUAUAAAGAACUAAAAACAGAAAUAACUUAUUUACAUAAGUAUUCAGACCCUUUGCUAUGAGAGCUCAGGUGCAUCCUGUUUCUAUUGAUCAUCCUUGACAUGUUUCUACAACUUGAUUGGAGUCCACUUGUGGUGAAUUCAAUUGAUUGGACAUGAUUUGUCCAACUCCUGUAUUUGGGGAGUUUCUCUGGGCCACUCAAGGGCAUUCAGAGACUUGUACCGAAGCCGUUCCUGUGUUGUCUUGGCUGUGUGCUUAAGGUCGUUGUCCUGUUGGAAGGUGAACCUUCGCCCCCAGUCUGUGGUCCUGAGUACUCUGGAGCAGGUUUUCAUCAAGGAUCUCUGUACUUUGUUCCGUUCAUCUUUUCCUCGAUGCUGACUAGUCUUCCAGUUCCUGCCACUGUAAAACAUCCCCACAGCAUGAUGCUGCCACCACCACCACUCUUCACCGUAUGGAUGGUGCCAGGUUUCCUUCGGACAUGACCAAUCUUGGUUUCAUCAGAACAGAGAAUCUUGUUUCUCAUGGUCUGAAAGUCUUUGGGUGACUUUUGGCAAGCGGGCUGUCAUGUGCCUUUUACUAAGGAGUGGCUUCUGUCUGGCCAGUCUACCAUAAAGGCCUGAUUGGUGGACUGCUGCAGAGAUGGUUAUCCUAAUGGAAGUGUCUCCCAUCUACACAGAGGAACUCUAGAGCUCUGUCAACGUGACCAUCAGGUUUUUGAUCACCUCCCUGACCAAGGCCCUUCUCCACCGAUUGCUCAGUUUGGCUGGGCAGCCAGCUCUAGGAAGAGUAUUGGUGGUUCCAAACUUCUUCCAUUUAAGAAUGAUAGAGGCCACUGUGUUCUUGGGGACCUUCAAUGCUGCAGCCCACCCUUUUUGAAACCAAGUUUGCUGUUUAUUUGAGCUACAAGGCAGCAGCCAUUUUUUUGUUACCCUUCCACAGAUCUGUGCCUCGACACAAUCCUGCCUCGAAACUCUAAGGACCAUUCCUUCGACCUCAUGGCUUGGUUUUUGCUCUGACACGCACCUUAUAUAGACGGGUGUGUGCCUUUCCAAAUCAUGUCCAAUCAAUUGAAUUUACCACAGGUAGACUCAAAUCAAGUUGUAGAAACAUCUCAAGGAUGAUCAAUGGAAACAGAAUGCACCUGAACUCAACUUCAUGCCACAUAGCAAAGGGACUGAAUACUUAUAUAAUUGUUUAAUAUUUUUAAUAAAUUUGCUACAAUUUCUAAAAACCUGUUUUUGCUUUGUCAUUAUAGGGUAUUGGGUGUAGAUUGAUGAUGAACCAAAUGUAUUUAAUACAUGGAAUAAGGCUAUAACGUAACAAAAUGUGGAAAAAGUCAAGGGUUCUGAAAACUUUCCCGAAUGCACUAUAGGUGUGUGAAAAACAACUAGACUAAUACCAUAUAACUAACCUCAUCCUGCGUUCAUAACCAAGUAGGAAUGUGGUAUUAUUUACCACAUACAACUGGGAAGAAUCCAGUUGAACGACCCUCCAACUGGUAAUUACAUGUGGAAAACUUGUCUAUCAUCACUGUGCUCCGAUUCCCCUACUUGUACCUCACUGAUGUCAUUGUCAACAAAAAAGACAACAAGUAUAGCUCCAGACGGGGAAGUGACGUUUUCAACUAAAAUCACGGAAGCCGGGUACGGAAGCAAUCUUUCCCAUUGAAAGUAAUGCAGCCAAGCUUGAAUUCAAGCAAUGACGACACAAAUAGUUUACUUUUUUUUGUAUUACAAUUGGAUUAUAGCUCCUGUCAAAAUGUUGUGAAUUAUAUAUAUAUUCAUAGUCACCAGUCGACUCCAUUACACACAAAAGUUACUUCUACCUGUGAAUACUAGCUAUGGCUAGCUAUGCUACCAGUCUGUCUUAAAGGAAUAGUUCACCUAAAUUACACAUUGGUUUCCUUGUCGUGUUAGCAGUCUAUGGACAAGGUACGACAGCAAUUCAUGCUUUGGUUUCCCUGACACUGUUUCCACAUGCUAACGUCUUAGCGAUGUUAGGAUUAAGGACCUUGCUCAUGGGCACAUCGACAGAGUUUUUACCUAGUGGGCUUAGGACCAGCAACCUCUCGGAUACUGGCCCAACGCCCUUAACCACUAGACUACCUGCCGCCCUAUAACCAAAGCAUGGAUUGCUGUUGUAGAUUAAUGAAAACAAUGUUUAAUAAUAAUAAACUACAUUCUGCAA